AUGGCUUUAUCGUUUCUCUACGCGCUAUGCAUGUGGAUAAGUUUAGUCUGUCCUUCGCUGGGAACCGGGUUUGUUUAUCACUUUCCAGGUAUCAAUGUGCAGCGGCAGCGCAUCAAAUCGGAACAGAGCGGGAGCACUGCUGGACCACCGGGUACCAGGUCCAGUACCCAACUCAGGAACUGGUGUCAGUACACUGUUUCCAGGACAGUGUCCUGUCAGGUGCAUAAUGGGACAGAAACCACAGUGCAGAGAGUGUAUCAGGGCUGCAGAUGGCCCGGACCUUGCUCCAGUGUCAUCAGCUACAGGACGGUCAUCAGGCCAUCUUUCAGGGUUACCUACAAGCAGGUCACUGCACUGGAGUGGAGAUGCUGUCCAGGGUUUGUAGGAGAAGAGUGUCGUGAAGAGUGUCUGAACUGCACCAGCUUCACCGACAUGAACAGCAGAAUAAACGCCAUUGAAUCAAAGAUUAAGCUGCUUGAAGAAGGACGCUCCUCGCUGCCAACAGUCAGCAAUUUACCAGAGGGUUCAACAGACAAUGAGGUGGACACACCCAAACCCACUCCUAUUGGACCGCCAUCUUACCUGCCGCCAGGGCCCUUCGGACCUCCAGGGCCCGUUGGACCACCAGGGCUUCCUGGUUCUGCUGGACCAACAGGUCUGGAUGGAAGAGCAGGCCUUCCAGGACCCAUUGGACCAAAGGGGGAAAGAGGUCUACCAGGGGAAAUAGGUCUCCCCGGCCCUCCUGGUCCACCAGGUACUCCUGGGCUACGCUCUCUCCCUGUCCCGAUGAGGGGUGAUGUUUUUCAAGUGGACAACCAAGGCCCUCAAGGACUGAGAGGACCUGCAGGGAUUCCAGGCCUGCCGGGACGAGAUGGCGAGGAAGGCCUCCAAGGCAAGCCUGGGGAUCUUGGGCCUAAAGGAGAUCCAGGGGAAAGGGGGUUUCCAGGUAUAACAGGCGAACAUGGCCUACCUGGGGCACCGGGGCCAAAAGGAGAGCCAGGAGAAGGCUUGAAUGAGGGUGAAGCCGUGCAGCAGCUCAGGGAGGCCCUAAAGAUCCUGGCUGAGAGGGUGCUGAUCCUGGAGCACAUGAUUGGUGUUCAUGAGAACUCUGAGGGAUCUGGAUUUGGCAACAUUUUGGACCCCCUGUCCUUCACCGCCAUAAAGACCAAACGCCUGCAGCCUGUUCAAAUCCCUCUUCAUACACUCGGGGAGAGACAAAGACGAGCUCCCCUUUAA